CCGCACCAGUCCGCGCUAUGCCGGAAAAAUAAAUCGCGAGCGAAGGUAGGACAACAAUACGGUGGUGACGGUAGACGGCAGCUUGGGUGUGCGGCUUUAGCGAUCCGUGAAUCGCUAACGUAACACUCAUCGUCGAUGGUUGCCGUACAGUUUUUGUUAGUUUUGCUUCUCGCAGUUGCUAAAGUUCCUUACAGCCUCUCCGACGUUGCUUUGCGCCGUACGUUGCCGAACAGAGCGUCGAAAUACCAACUGUAAGCCUUGUGACAUGCUUUUCUCUCUCCGUUAAAGCAGUCACGGCGCACAGAGCGACUUCUCCAAAUAAAUUAGGCGCUCAUCUACUGAUAUGUGAGCAGGCGACGCCGAGAAACAACUAGUGCUUCAUGGUUUUCAUUCCCCAGGAGUCCUUAUCAAGACAGAUGGAAAGGCGGAUACGAUUAAAAACGCUCAACAAUCACAUCAUUUGCAAGAUAUGCAAGGGGUAUUUAAUCGAUGCUACUACGGUCACGGAAUGUCUGCACACGUUCUGUAAAAGCUGCUUGGUCAAACAUUUGGAGGACAACAACACAUGCCCGACCUGUGAAAUUGUAAUCCAUCAGAGCUAUCCCCUGCAGUACAUCAGCUACGACAGGACUAUGCAGGACAUUGUGUACAAGCUGGUGCCAAAUCUUCAGUACAAUGAAAUGAAGAGAGAGCGAGAUUUCUAUCGGCGCAAAGGUCUUCCGUGUCCGAAGGCCCACAAUCCUGGGCUGCUCAAUGAAAAGGAUGCAGGUUCCAAGGCAUCAUCCUCAAAGGAAGAUGAGGCAGAUUGCCACAGAUCGGAUGAGCAAGUCAACAUACUGCUGGAGUCGGACAGCGUCCAGCUGAAGCAAAUGCGGCGCAAGUUCAUUCGAUGCUCUUCUCAGGCCACCAUCACGCACUUGAAGAAGUUUAUUGCAAAGAAGCUGUUCAACAACCUUGACAGAUACAAAGAGGUUGAGAUCCUUUGUAACCAGGAGAUACUAGGCAAGGACCACACAUUGAAGUUUGUCUACGUCACACGAUGGAGGUUUAAGGAGCCUCCACUGAAGCUGUACUACAGGCCUAAGGUGGAGUUGUGACAGCAAGAACUGCGAUGCAAGUCCAAGGUCUUAGUAGGUGCCACUGGACUGUGAGCUUGGGGAAAAACAA